CGAGAGAGUCCACGCGCUAGUGAGAAAAAACCCGCCGCGCCGAUCCAUCCACCAUCCAUGGCGCAGCAGCAGCCGCGGCGCGUGCUCCGGGUGGCGCCGCCGGGGCGAGGAGGGGCGCGUGCGGAGGCGGAGGGGGAGGCGGUGUUCCCGACGGUGCAGGCGGCGGUGGACGCGGUGCCGCUCGGGAACGCGGUGCGGACGGUGAUCCGCCUGGCGCCCGGGGUGUACAGGGAGCCCGUCUACGUCGCCAAGACGCGGAACCUCGUCACCCUCGCCGGGACCUCCCCCGAGUCCACCGUCAUCACCUGGGACAACACCGCCACCCGCAUCAAGCACGCCCAGUCGUCCAGGGUUAUUGGGACAGGAACGUUUGGAUGUGGAACAGUUAUCGUCGAGGGGGAAGAUUUUAUUGCAGAGAAUGUCACAUUCGAGAACUCAGCACCCCAGGGGUCUGGGCAGGCAGUUGCACUCCGAGUAACAGCAGAUAGGUGCGCCUUCUACAAUUGCAGGUUCCUUGGUUGGCAAGACACAUUAUAUUUGCACUAUGGGAAACAAUACUUAAGAGAUUGUUACAUCGAAGGUAAUUGUGACUUCAUCUUCGGUAACUCUAUCGCCCUGUUGGAACAUUGCCAUAUUCACUGCAAAUCAGUGGGAUAUAUUACUGCUCACAGCCGGAAAUCAUCAUCAGAAACUACUGGCUAUGUGUUCUUGAGGUGUAUUAUAACUGGAAAUGGAGAUGCCGGAUAUAUGUUCCUGGGUCGGCCAUGGGGACCGUUUGGGAGGGUUGUCUUUGCACACACUUUUAUGGAUCGCUGCAUCAAGCCUGCUGGGUGGCAUAAUUGGGACAGAUCUGAGAAUGAACGAACUGCAUGCUUUUUUGAGUACAGGUGCUCAGGGCCAGGUUCCCGCCCAUCAAACAGAGUGUCUUGGUGUAGACAAUUGCUUGAUGUUGAAGUGGAGAAUUUCCUUGCACAUACUUUCAUUGAUCCAGACCUUGAUAGGCCUUGGCUACUACAGAUGAUGGCGAUAAAAAUUCCAGCCUCAGCAUAGUAAAAUCCCAGGAUCCUAGUUCAUCCCUCCUUCCUAGACUAUGUUAUAAAUAAUUUUGGAGGGUGUAUUAUAAUUGUAACAUUUCGUCAGUUUGUGUCCACGUCAAUUGUAUUUAAGAGAGAAAUAUGUUGCAAUGUUGUUCCAUGAGCCUGUGUGCCUUUGACUGAAUUGGAAUACAUGAUGACAGUUUGCUCU